GUCCCUUGGGUUUGGGGCACGGAGCUGCACCAAGGGUGCCUGGCCUCACUGUGCAGCCCCACAGUCAUUAUCAAUCCCUACAGCCUCGAUUUAUCAGUAUUUUUAUUUAAAAAUUAAGGGAAAAAACACCCAAAUCGGCUCUUACCGCGUCUGUCUCGCUGCCACGCCGCUGCCUGGCCUCACCAGACUCUAAAAACUGCUUUCUUUUUUUUGGAGGAAAAAGCAGGAGAAAUGCCCUUUGGUCCCCAAAAUUACCAUUUUUAGUUCUAACCAGAGGGUUUGGGGGGAGAAAGUGUGUGGCUGGGAGGGAGCAGGGGCUCAGCCCUUGGAGAAACGGGGCGAAAAUGGGCGUUUUUGGUGCAAAUUCCUCAGUGAAUUGGAAGAAUCCUGAAAGAGGCAUGAAAAUGGCAGCGUUUGCAGCGAUUUAUAGAUUUUCUUUUGCAACAAAACAAAGCAAGAAUGACAGCGGAGAUGGGGCUGAAAGAGAGAAGCAGCUGUUGUGUCAGCUGCGCUGAUUUGGGGAUUUUUAUUUUUUUUUUUAAAAAAAGACUUUUUUCCUUCUUGGGAAGGAGGAGAGCGGGUAUUUUUAGGUAUUUUUAGGCUCGUUUUUCUUUUAACCAGCGUGGUUCUUGUGGCCUUCCAACAACCGCCCCUCCUGCGUGGCGAUGCCAGAGUGAGCAGGCGAGAAGAAGAAGCGGGGGGGAAAUGUUAGGUUUUUUUUUUUGCUUGAAGAUGUCAAAUUGGAGGAUUUUAACCCAGCCGGGCAGGAGGAGCCUCUCAGAGCCUCAGAGACCCCUCAGAAUGUGGGAAAGGAUGGGGGGAAGGGGCCCCCUGUCUUAGGGUAUUUUUCCUUCUCAUAUUGGGGGACUUUAAUGGGAAUUUAACGGGAUUUUAAUGGGAAUAUAACAGUAAUUUAAUGGGGCUCAGCACAGCCUGAGGAGACUGGGGGGUGCAGCAGCCCCUUACCCCCAAGUACACCACAAAAUUCCUCCCAAAUCGACUUCAGGGCACAUUUUGGUUCACCCCUCUGUAGGGACGGGGAGGGGGAGGGGGUUCUGGGUCAAAAAGACCCUUUUUUCUCCAAAUUUUACCUCAGAAAAAGCCCCUUGGUGACCCGCGCGGGCCGGGGCAGCCGUUUAACGGUCGUCGCGCCCCUCGGCGGCACGCGCCGCUCGCGGCCGCUGAUUGGUUGAGAGGCGGGAAAGGGGGCGGAGCCGCGCCGAGGGCGGGAAGGGCGCUGAGGGAGAGGCGGCCGCGCCGCCAUUUUGUGCCGCGGCGGGACCGGGGGCAGCCGGGGGUCCGCGGGGUCCCGGGGGGCUCAGGGCCCAGCCUCGGCCCCGCAGCCACCUCAGGAGUCUCGGGGGGGUUCGUUCUGGCCGCUGUCGGCGUCUCCCAUCGGGUGCUUCAGCUCCUGUCACGGGCUGGCCUCGUGCAGCGCUGCUUUUCCUCAUGGUCGUGGUGAGAGGCCCCUGCUCCCUGUGGAGAAAUACGUCGCUGCAGGGGCUCCCCGCAGCCCGCCGAGGAUGUCGCUGUGCAUUCGCCCCCAUCCCCGCCGCCGGUGGGGACGCCGAUUCCUGCCCCCGCUGCCAGGUGGGGAGCGGCAGAGGGACGCAGCAGCCACCAUGAAGCCCCCCCGCGGCCCGCCGCUGCUCGCCGGCCUCCUCCUGCUCUGGGCGGCGGGCGAAGGGCGGGCGCAGGAGGUGCAGGCGGAGAACGUGACGGUGCUGGAGGGCAGCACGGCGGAGAUCACCUGCCGCCUGCACCACUACGACGGCUCCAUCGUCGUCAUCCAGAACCCCGCGCGCCAGACCCUCUUCUUCAACGGCACCCGCGCGCUGAAGGACGAGCGGUUCCAGCUGGCCGAGUUCACGCAGCGGCAGCUCCGCAUCCAGCUCGCCCGCGCCCGCCUGGACGACGAGGGCGGCUACUUCUGCCAGCUCUACACCGAGGACACCCACCACCAGAUCGCCACCCUCACCGUGCUGGUGCCCCCCGACACGCCGGUGGUGGAGGUGACGGAGCCGGCGGUGGAGGGCGGCGAGGUGGAGCUGAGCUGCGUCGUGCCCCGCUCCCGGCCCCCCGCCACCCUGCGCUGGUACCGCGACCGGCGCGAGCUCAAAGGUGACGCGGGGACGCGGGGCGGGGGGACGUGGGGGGGUGGGGGCGUGGGGACGGGGAUGCGGGACCCGGGCGGGGACGGGGAUAUGGGGACGGGGACGUGGGGACCCUG